AUGGCGGUGGCCAGGAAGAUCAAAACUUUGCUGACGGUCAACAUCCUGGUGUUCGUGGGCAUCGUCCUCUUCUCCGUGUACUGCCGCCUGCAGGACCGUUCUGCCGCGCUGGUGCAGGUCGUGCGCGGCGCCGACCGCCGGGUGCGCAGCCGGCACGCCAAGGUGGGCGCGCUGGCCGACCGCGAAGCCAUCCUGCAGCGCCUGGACCACCUGGAGGAGGUGGUCUACAACCAGCUCAAUGGUCUUGCAAAACCCAUCGGCCUGGUAGAGGGGCCGGGUGGCCUGGGUCAGGGAGGUGUGGCGGCCACUCUGCAGGAGGACAGCCAGGAGAGGGAAGGCAAGUACGAGGAGUAUGGCUACAAUGCCCAGCUCAGCGACCGCAUCUCCCUGGACAGGACCAUCCCUGACUACAGGCCCAAAAAGUGCAGACAGCUGACCUACUCAGGCGACCUGCCCCAGGUCUCCGUGGUCUUCAUCUUCGUCAACGAGGCGCUGUCCGUCAUCCUGCGCUCCGUGCACAGCGUGGUCAACCACACACCCUCCCAGCUGCUGAAGGAGGUCAUCCUGGUGGAUGACAACAGUGACAAUGUGGAGCUCAAGUUCAACCUGGACCAGUACGUCCACCGGAGGUACCCUGGCCUGGUGAAGGUCGUCCGCAACAGCCGGCGGGAAGGCCUGAUCCGCGCACGGCUGCAGGGCUGGAAGGUGGCCACGGCCCCUGUGGUCGGCUUCUUCGAUGCCCAUGUGGAGUUCAACACUGGCUGGGCCGAGCCUGCCCUCCUGCGCAUCCGGGAGGACCGGAGGCGCAUCGUCCUGCCAGCCAUCGACAACAUCAAGUACAGCACCUUCGAGGUGCAGCAGUACGCCAGCGCCGCCCACGGCUACAACUGGGGGCUCUGGUGCAUGUACAUCAUCCCACCCCAGGACUGGCUGGACCGUGGGGACGAGGCGGCACCCAUCAGGACCCCCGCCAUGAUCGGCUGCUCCUUCGUGGUGGACCGCGAGUACUUCGGGGACAUCGGCCUGCUGGACCCGGGCAUGGAGGUGUACGGUGCGGAGAACAUCGAGCUGGGGAUGAGGGUGUGGCAGUGUGGCGGCAGCAUGGAGGUGCUGCCCUGCUCCCGCGUGGCCCACAUCGAGCGCACCAAGAAGCCCUACAACAACGACAUCGACUACUACGCCAAGCGCAAUGCGCUGCGGGCCGCCGAGGUGUGGAUGGAUGAGUUCAAGUCCCACGUGUACAUGGCCUGGAACAUCCCCAUGACCAACCCAGGGGUGGACUUCGGGGACGUGUCCGAGAGGCUGGCCCUGCGCCAGAGGCUAAAAUGCCGCAGCUUCAAGUGGUACCUGGAGAAUGUGUAUCCUGAGAUGAGGACCUACAACAACACCCUCACAUACGGAGAGGUGAGAAACAGCAAGGCCAGUGGCUACUGCCUGGACCAGGGUGCGGAGGACGAUGACCGGGCCAUCCUCUACCCCUGCCAUGGCAUGUCCUCCCAGCUGGUGCGGUACAGUGCUGACGGCCUCCUGCAGCUGGGCCCCCUGGGCUCCACGGCCUUCCUGCCCGACUCCAAGUGCCUGGUGGACGAUGGCCGGGGACGCACGCCCACCCUGAAGAAGUGUGAAGAUGUAGCCAGGCCGGCACAGCGGCUGUGGGACUUCACGCAGAGUGGCCCCAUCGUGAGCCGGGACACGGGCCGGUGCCUAGAGGUAGAGAUGUCCAAAGACGCCAACUUCGGGCUCCGGCUGGUGGUGCAGAGGUGCUCAGGGCAGAAGUGGAUGAUCAGGAACUGGAUCAAGCACGGGCAGCACUGACCUCGCCCCC